CCUCUUGCUUUUCUGCACCCCUUUAGUGGAAGAGUACAGUGUCGGCUCGGCAACAGACUUGACAGAGACCAGCUCGGUGGUGGAUGGUGAUUGGACGAUGGUUGAUGAGAACUCCUCCACUCUGAGCCUAAGCCAGGCCGAGCUGGAGCACAUCUCCAUGGAGCUGGCCAACAAAGGCCCACACAAGUCACAGGUGCAGCUCAGGUAUCUCCUUCAUGUGUUCAUGGAGGCGGGCUGUCUGGAGUGGUGUGUAGUGAUUGGCUUGAUCCUGCGGGACGCCAGCGUCAUAAAGCAGGUGAUCGGCUUCCUGGACAGCCCCGAGGUUCCCCAAGAAACUGUGCAGAGUGUCCGCAACGGCUUAUUGGCUGUCGACACAUGGGUCUCCACUUACUGCCUGGGUUACAAACCAUUUCUCCACCUGAUCCAGCCGCAGCUGCAGGAGCUGAUGGAUUCAGCAGCUGAACAGGUGCAGCCUGAGUCCUUCCAGCCCACCAGCCAGAGCUCCAAGCUCAGCGGCUCUGAAGGGCUGGGAGGUGCUCCACUACCGCGGCCAGAGGACAGUAGAGGAGUAGCGGCUCCGCUGGGCCUGGCCCUGCCCUCCCUCGAACCAGCAGGAGGUUUUCCCCGUCCCCCCUCUGAAGACUGUCCUCCUGAGCAGACAGAGGAGCAGGCAGAAGAGGAGGGAGCCUACGACUGUACCUUGUCCUGAAGCCAGGAGCGAGUGUGAGUGUGAGUUUGUGUGUGUGUGUGUGUG